AUGGAGUGGUCGAUUUUUAAAGAUGAUACUUUAAAUAAUUCAAUUCUUUUUGUUUUAUCUAAAUCACCUUGGAAAGAAAUUGGCAUUGAAAUAGAAAAUAAUAAAAAGAGUAUGCCAUUAGAUUUUGAAAGACCACCACUACCUUUGCUUAAAUCCAAAUUACCAGAAAG